GAGGGGGAAGAGGCGAGAGCGCGGAGGGCGCGCGUGCGCAUUGGCGCGGGGAGGAGCAGGGAUCUUGGCAGCGGGCGAGGAGGCUGCGAGCGAGCCGCGAACCGAGCGGGCGGCGGGCGCGCGCACCAUGGGGGAGAAACCCGGGACCAGGGUCUUCAAGAAGUCAAGCCCUAACUGCAAGCCCCUUGCCGCAGAGGCUGCUCAGCCUGAGCCAGCCACAGGCUGGGUGGGGCAGGCCUGGGUCCCCAAGCAGACCACAGAGGAGGAGGCCAGAAGCAAGCCAUGUGCCUGUAGCCCUCCUAGGGGCCAAUCCAAGCUCACCGUGUACUUGGGCAAGCGGGACUUCGUAGAUCACCUGGACAAGGUGGACCCUGUAGAUGGCGUGGUGCUUGUGGACCCUGACUACCUGAAGGACCGCAAAGUGUUUGUGACCCUCACCUGCGCCUUCCGCUAUGGCCGUGAAGACCUGGAUGUGCUGGGCUUGUCCUUCCGUAAAGACCUGUUCAUCGCCACCUACCAGGCCUUCCCCCCAGUGCCCAACCCGCCCCGGCCCCCCACCCGCCUGCAGGACCGGCUGCUGAGGAAGCUUGGCCAGCAUGCACACCCCUUCUUCUUCACCAUACCCCAGAAUCUUCCAUGCUCUGUCACACUGCAGCCAGGACCAGAGGACACAGGGAAGGCCUGCGGCGUAGACUUUGAGAUUCGAGCCUUCUGUGCUAAGUCACUAGAAGAGAAAAGCCACAAAAGGAACUCUGUGCGGCUGGUGAUCCGAAAGGUGCAGUUCGCCCCCGAGAAACCCGGCCCCCAGCCUUCCGCAGAAACCACACGCCACUUCCUCAUGUCUGACCGGUCCCUGCACCUCGAGGCUUCCCUGGACAAGGAGCUGUACUACCAUGGGGAGCCCCUCAAUGUAAAUGUCCACGUCACCAACAACUCCACCAAGACCGUCAAGAAGAUCAAAGUCUCUGUGAGACAGUACGCCGACAUCUGCCUCUUCAGCACCGCCCAGUACAAGUGUCCUGUGGCUCAACUCGAACAAGAUGACCAGGUAUCUCCCAGCUCCACGUUCUGUAAGGUGUACACCAUAACCCCGCUGCUCAGUGACAACCGGGAGAAGCGGGGUCUCGCCCUGGAUGGGAAACUCAAACACGAGGACACCAACCUGGCUUCCAGCACCAUCGUGAAGGAGGGUGCCAACAAGGAGGUGCUGGGAAUCCUGGUGUCCUACAGGGUCAAGGUGAAGCUGGUGGUGUCUCGAGGCGGGGAUGUCUCUGUGGAGCUGCCUUUUGUUCUUAUGCACCCCAAGCCCCACGACCACACCCCCCUCCCCAGACCCCAGUCAGCACCCAUCCCCACACUCCCUCUUCCCGUCCCCCCAGCUGCUCGAGAGACAGACGUCCCUGUGGACACCAACCUCAUUGAAUUUGAUACCAACUAUGCCACAGAUGAUGACAUUGUGUUUGAGGACUUUGCCCGGCUUCGGCUGAAGGGGAUGAAGGAUGACGACUACGAUGACCAACUCUGCUAGGAAGCGGGGCGGGAAGAAGGCAGGGGAUGGGGUUGGGAGAGGUGAAGGCAGGACCAAGAUCCCCACUGUCGCCGGGGGAUUGUCCCAGCCUCUCUUCCCUUCCCCUCCACCUGGAAGCUUCUUCAACCAACCCCUUCACUCUCUCCCCCGCACCCCCCAUGAUACGCACUGGACCCUCUCUUGCUGAAAUGUGGGCAUUAAUUUUUUGACUGCAGCUCUGCUUCUCCAGCCCCGCAGUGGGUGGCAAGCUGUGUUCAUACCUAAAUUUUCUGGAAGGGGACAGUAAAAAGAGGAGUGACAGGAGAGAAAGAGGGAGACAGAACUCCCACUCAACCUCACAGAAACACCUCCCAUGAUCACUCUGUGUCCCCCAUUCCUUCACGAGGAGACCCUUUGUGGACAAGGCUGUUUCUUUGUUUCUGAGCAUAAAGAAAAAAAUAAAUCUUUUACUAAGCAUGA